CCCACCCGGGCCCCAGCUGCUCCUCGUGGAGAGAGAGAGGCGGGAGAGAGAGAGGCGGGUGGCUCCUCUCGUCGUCGUCGUCUUCUUCGUCGUCUCUCGGUGCAGGGCGACUCGCUGUUGCCCGUGGCUGGCGUCGUCUGCGUAGACGGAGCCAUGAGCAAGCGCAAGGCGCCGCAGGAGACCCUCAAUGAGGGCAUUACAGAUUUCCUCUUUGAGCUGGCAAACUAUGAGAAAAAUGUGAAUCGUGCCAUUCACAAGUACAACGCCUAUCGAAAAGCUGCAGCCGUCAUCGCAAAGUAUCCAAACAAGAUAAAAAGUGGUUCUGAGGCCAAGCAACUUGAAGGUGUUGGGGUGCAAAUCGCAAAGAAGAUUGAUGAGUUCCUGUCAACGGGGAAGUUACAAAAGCUGGAAAAGAUUCGUCUUGAUGACACAUCGUCUUCCAUCAACUUCCUGACACGCAUCACUGGCAUCGGACCUGCUGUUGCCAAAAAGCUGUAUGAUGAGGGAAUUAGAACACUGGACGACUUGAAAAAUAACGUCGAGAGACUGAACCACCACCAGCGCAUUGGCCUGAAAUACUUUGAGGAUUUUGAAAAGAGGAUUCCCAGAACUGAGCUGAUGAAAAUGCAGGAUCUGGUGUGCAAAGAUAUACAAGCUUUGGAUCCUGAUUACAUUGCUUCAGUUUGUGGCAGCUUCCGCAGAGGGGCAGAGUCAAGUGGUGACAUGGAUGUACUUCUGACUUAUGAGAGUUACACAUCUGAGAGCAAGAAGCAGCCAUUUCUUUUGCAUAGGGUGGUGGACCACUUGAAGUCCACUGGGUUCCUCACGGAGACAUUAUCCCGCGGUGAAACCAAGUUCAUGGGCGUGGGAAGGCUUCCCGUGGUUGAUGGUGAUGAUGAUGAUGAGGCAAACCGACCUCACCGCCGUAUUGACAUCCGACUCAUUCCAAAGGACCAGUACUUCUGCGGAGUGCUUUAUUUUACAGGCAGUGAUAUUUUCAACAAGAACAUGCGAACUCGGGCACUGGAAAUGGGGUUCACCCUCAACGAGUACUCCAUCCGGCCAAUCGGCAUCACCGGAGUGAUCGGUGAAGCGUUGCCGGUACACAGUGAACAGGACAUCUUCUCUUAUAUCGGAUGGUCAUAUCGCGAGCCUAAAGACCGGAGUGAAUGAGUCUCACAACAGAUCUGAAGCCUACUCUGUCUUACUGUGUAAAACUAAUCUCAAGUUGGAUAAUUGGUGUGAGAGGGACAUUUUUGUAUUAUCACAUUUUUGUUUUAGGAAUCACAUUACCCCCAACAUUAAAAUUAGCAUAAUUUUACAAGACAGGGCUUUAUAAGCAUGUAUUUACACGCAGGUUCACAGAAUUAGGAACAAUGGCACAAUCUAAAUUAUGUAGCCAUCUUGGUUGCUGCCUUAUAACUGAAAAUAGAAAUGCAAACGUUUUGUGCAGUAUUUUAGCACAAACCAAAUCUGAUAUCCCAAGAUUGUUUUACAUUUCUGUUAAAUCUACCUCUUGUAUACAAAAAAUCAGCCUCCAUUGCCCUGUAUAUUGCGAUGUGUGCAGAACUUUCCCCUGAACUAAAUUCUAAAUACAGGCGUGUUAAAAUUUCUUGUUAAGUGAAAAUUCGUAAAAACGAUUGUUUUCCCGUUGACUUUUAACGUUUUUAUGAAAUGACUUUCUCCCUUCUCAUACAAAUCUACUUCCAUCUCUCCCCUCCAGUAGUUUCCUCUUUAUUUCUGCUCUGAAUAAAGAUCAGAAAUCAAGAGUAAUCCGUGUGUGGUUUAUCCAAUUUGUGGAUUAACAGCACACCUGAGAUUUUACAUAAAUUAAUAACCGAUGGAUUUUCCCAUAAUCUAAAAACAGUUAGACAUUAUUAUUCUUGGAAAAGUUUAUUACUAGUAACGUGCUUAAACCGAACAGAUAUGUGCUCUUGUGAAUCCGAAAUCGCCUCUACAGUACAGUAGUUGCAUAUAUUUACAACAGUGGCCAGAGUUUGAUUUUGGCGUGGCUCUGCUAUCCACUUAGUGGGCAGUCUUCUGCGCGGGAGCAGGAAAGUUUUAUCACUGAGCAUGCGCAUCAAUCAGUCAAUUUUCUACUAUAAAUUUUUGUUUUGUUUUUUAAAAAACUCAAUGUUCAUAACUUAAACAUAAAUUAUACCUAUUUUAGUUUUUGGCAUAGAGGUCGACGGAAAAUGGAUAUUUUUGGAUUAUCCACGAUUUUGAAUUAUCCGUGGCCUCCUUCCCCGUCAGCGCGGGUAAUCGAGCUCUGCUGUAUAUUAAAAAGUUUUCCAUUUCAAAUUAUGUCCAUGCUCUUGUCUCAGAUUUAGUGUAUUGAGGUUCGGUUAUAUCUUGGUGCUUUUUAUGUCAAAAUGUUAAUGUGUAACCUCGUAUAUUGAGUAUCAAGGAUGCGAGUACUGGUGCUCGUGUAUAAAUGCCAUUAAGGUUACAUCGGUACCCAUCAUACCAAAUGGUUUUCAUUGUGCUAAUAAGGGAUGCAAUUAUGGUCAAAACAGCUACAUCAUUUGGGCACAGAGGCUCAUGAAUCCAAGUCAAGGUGUAAUUCCAGUUAUUCCUUCAGCAGCCUUAGAAUAGAGCUGAGUAUGAAUUCCUAAAAUUUAUAUAGGUAGCCUAAAGGGAGAGUGAAUGAGUGUUUUAAACUGGGGUGCAUGGAUGUAAAAUGUUACCUAGUAAAGUAUUACUGUUUUAACCCAUGUGAAAUAUUUCAGUUAUUGAGUAAACAACCAAUAUUUGUUUAAGGACAUUCUUUAUUGUGCAUGUAAAAAUAAAAAAGGCAAAAACAACAAAAUUGCAUAUGCAUUUUUAAAGUUUAGUAAAUCAUGCAAAGUGGUUCAUUAAAAAGAAAUCAACCUCUAGGCAGCAUGUUGUCCACACUCAUACCUGACAUUCUACAGUCGUAAAACAGACUGACGUGCAUGCAUAUAUAUAUGCCACUUUCAGUUCAAGAUGACACGAGCAACUACACUUGGGCUUGCAUCGAACAUUAUUACAUUUCCAUCAGCUUAACCAGAAAAUCCUCAUUGAGCCUCGUUACUUUUUUAUUACACGCUUUUUAUUAACUCUGUUGUUGUAUCCUCAAAUCUUGUAACUCAAUUUUAACCCACUUCCCAAUGUGGUAUCGACUGCAAACUUGGUAUAGUUAUGUCAUACUGAUGACAAUACUAUAUUCUAUCAUGAAAAAAUAAAAAUUAUAUACUUUAAAUAUUCUUUUCUAUAUGUUGUGUUUCGGCUUGGGUCUAAUUGUCCACGCUCAACUGACGUUGGCUGUAAAUCACCACGGCCCCUUACGUUGUGGCAAGCUUCGGGGCCACUUCCUGGAGUCGUGGAAUUCUGCCAUUACGAGUCCGGUACAUUUCAUGAAAGCGUGUUUAAAAAAGUAUUUUUAAAUAUUACUUAUUUUGAAAGAACCUGCUUCAAAUUUUUGUUCAAUUCCCUACAAUUUAAAUUUUAUUUAAAUAUCUAAUUCAUAUAUUUAUACCUGCUAGAAUAACAAUAAACUAUAUUGGAAGGUUAUAUUAUUUGGGUCUUUCGGUAAAGUUACGUUGAUAGGUUCAAGGAAAAUAAAAGUAUUUGAACCCAUCUACGUGACUUUACCGAAAGACCCAAAGAAUAUGAAUUCCUGCAGUCACGAAAGCUUUAAGUCAAGAAUUAUAUUGGAAGGCUUUUUAAGUCAAAUGAGUGAAAGUCUUUAGCAUGUGUGAAUAAUAAGCACAUGGUCGUGUACAAAAAAGCUUCUUUCCAAGGCUUGCCUUCAUUAGAAAUGAAGCAUUUGGGGAUUUGCUUAUAACUGAGGGCUCCACCAUACAUACCUUAUGCUUCUGAUUAUAGCGUUGCACAAAUGUGCGAUUCUGCAUUCAGUGUGUAUAGCCUUUUAAAAUGUAACAGUCCAUCCACCAAUAUCUUUUAAUUACAAUUCAAAUAUUUUCAAAUAGUGAUAAAUAUGAAAACAACGCGAUAUGGAUCAUAAAUAUGUGGAACAAGCUUAAUGUCCCCUUGGUCUGUUAAGUUUAAUUUCACCGAUUAAUGAUUGCACCCGCCAGCAAUUCCUGAAUUUAGUUUCGGAUAUACUUGUGCGAGCAAACGAAUGUAUUGGUUUCUUGAGCCGAGAUGAAUUCAAAGAAAUAAUUUGCCUUCAAUUGUGUGAUCCCAUUGUCACGUACACCCCCCAGAAGAUAAUAAAUUAAUAUAUGGUCACGGCAACUUGAACCAUCACACACACACCUACAGUAUACGAGCUGAAGUCGACACACAGUAGGCGAGCCUCAUCUAUUCUCACGUGUGCCGGAAGACCGCUGUGAAAAGUAGGAAGGUGUGUCUCUUGUUAAUCAUGUAAUCGAUGGUCCAUUGAGCAAAUAAGUUAAAUGCAUUCGAAUGCACAAACAUUUGGAUAUGCAACACUAAUGCCACUCGUGUAAUGUACAAGUCCAAGGGCUUGGUGGUUAGAUGUGUUUCAUAUCUUUGUAUUUCGACUGUGAAAACUGUCAAUAGUUUGUGUGAAAAUAGAUUAGGUUUGCCUAUAUUUUCUAAUGACUGAAAUAUUAAAACCUGAUGAAUGAAUCGUGUCAUUAUCCAUCACAAAACUGAACAUGUAUACAGGCAAAGUAAAAAAAAUGCACACUUACUAACCCUACUUAAUAUAUUUACAUGAUAUUUAACACUUGCGUUUGAAUCUAAAAACACCACUGGUAAAGUAAAGCUCUACAGGUAUCCGUUGAUUGACGAAAUGUAUGCAUUCUUUAAAAAAAAAAACACGCAUAAAACGAAAUUUCGUAAAUCGGAAUGGCUUUUUCCAUUAAUACAAAAAAUUUGGGAUGUGUUUUGGACAUAUAUACCUACAGUAUAUCACUUUUAACAAUACAAAAAAAUUGACAAAUAUUAAAACGAUUGAAUAAUUUAAAACAAACAAC